CGUUAGCGGGUCCAUUGCUUCCACUCUACAACAGCCGGAGUUGUUUUUGCUGACUCCUAUAGGGGCUUUGUCCUCGCGGAUGUUCUCGCGGGCUCAAAUGGCCUCAAGAGGCCACAUGAGGCGCCUGGGCGUCCUCCGCGUGCUCGCGACCCCAAUGAAUCAAGCCAUUCGAGCGAUAUCCGUGGCGGGAAGCGAACGCACGGGCUUGUCGAGCUCAGCAACUACCGCUGCCGCUCGGCGAUGUUUCGCGGCCAGAGCGAAGAAAGGGGCGAGGUCUAGCAAGGGCCGUGGGGUUGGUGAGGACUCAGACGCGGCGCCCAAGAAGCAGCUGGCGCUUUCCAUGGCGCUAAAGCAGGUGGAGAUGGCCUACGGGAAGGGGGCCGUGAUGCAGCUAGGCUCCGCUGAGGUCGCCAAGGUCGAGGUUAUUCCGACAGGAUCGUUGUCGCUGGACCACGCCCUGGGUGUCGGCGGUCUUCCGAGAGGCAGGGUUGUAGAGGUGUACGGGCCGGAGAGCUCAGGAAAAACAACCGUGGCCCUGCACGCGGUGGCCAAGUGCCAAAAGGCCGGGGGCACCGCGGUCUUCAUCGACGCGGAGCACGCCCUGGACUCCGCGUACGCCAAAGCCAUCGGCGUGGACAUGACCAAGCUCUACCUCGCACAGCCGGACAACGGAGAGCAAGCCCUCGACAUUGUGGACACGCUGGUGAAGUCGGCGGCGGUGGACAUGGUGGUAGUCGACUCUGUGGCAGCGCUUGUGCCCAAGGCCGAGCUGGAGGGGGAGAUGGGAGACCAUCAUAUCGCCUUGCAGGCGAGGCUCAUGAGCCAGGCACUCCGCAAGCUUACGGCGAUCCUGAAUACCACUCGCUGCACCCUCAUCUUCAUCAACCAGAUCCGACAGAAGGUCGGCGUUGUCUUCGGAUCCCCGGACGUUACGUCGGGGGGGAUGGCCCUGCGAUUCUACUCCUCGGUUCGACUCGAGGUCCGGAAGGGUCAAGCAAUCAAGCAAAACGGAGAGAUUAUCGGCACCAAGGUGAAGGUGAAAGUGGCGAAGAACAAGCUCGCACCUCCCUUCGGCAAGGCUGAGGUGGACCUCAUGUACGGCAAGGGUUUCGACCUCCAAGGCGAGCUUCUCGACCUGGGGUGCACCGUCGGGUUACUGUCCAAAAGCGGUGCAUGGUUCGGCGUGAGCGCUGCGAUGGGUGUGGACGGCACCGAACUUGCCGGGCAGGCGUCACCGUGGCUCAUGGGCCAGGGUAGGGAGAAGUCGAAGGCCUUCUUGUUGGCAAACCCCCGCCUUUCGGAGAAGCUCAAGGCUGCAGUUAUUGAAACCCUUUCUGCCGGAGAAUCGUGCGGCAACGCAGGAGCAGUAGGGGACGUGCCAUCAGACCCCCCGUCCCUCGCCAGCUCGACCGAACCUAGCGACGUCGCGGAUGAUGCUGUACCUGAGUCUGCAACCGGGGAUGCAUCGGUUUCGUCCCCGGGCGGCGUUUUGGGCAAGGGUGGGGAGCGAGAAGAGGUGGUUGAGGCAGAGGGCGUGUUGUUGGAGCCGGGGGUGGGCUCUGUGGAAGAGUUGUUUGAGAGUGACGUUUUUUCAAAGGCGCCAGCUGCUUCUGCCCAGGGGGGGGGGAGUAGCAAAGGUAGCGGCCUCCAGGAGGGCGCAGCGAAUGCCGAAGAAAAAAUGAAGGCUAUAUAGACGGUGAAGUGAAGGUUAGUACCCCCCCCGCGCGCUUUAGGACUUGAUUCUGUGUAUGGUAAGGCAAGCCGUUGUUGGCGGCAAAACUGCGGGGUUUGGGCAAAGCAAAUUUUAGGGCAUGCACUGAGUGUACUUGGGAUCAAGCCUCAACCAGGCCUUGCCUACGACGUGUUGUUGACUGCAAGCGAAACCAAAACGUUCCGCGAUUCAAACGGACCAUUGUCAGAGUGCAAGUACCAAUUUGUUUUCUGUUCUGGCUUUCUUUUCGGGACACAGUCAAAGAAUGCCGGAAUGGACAACAUUCCGGAUCCUCUCUGAGCUUGAAUGAUAAUUAUUUGCCUCACGCGUCUCUUUCUGCGUUUAGGGUGUCUUCGUUUUCCGUGCAACGUCGUGGAUCGAACCCUACGUGCUAUCAGCCAGGUGUGUGAAACGCGUUGUUGGCCCUGGGCAUCUGUCUCUUGAGGUUGUUUCUCUCCAUCUUAUUGAUGCAACGCCAUAACUUUGCCAAGAUCCGU